AUGGAAAGCAAGAAAAUAAACGACAACCAAAUAACUGCAUUAAGUGCUUUCAACGAUGACUUCGCCAAAUAUGGACCUCAACGAGCUCGACUCAAUCUGGCGUCUUGGCCCCCCGGAUACAGAGCUCAUCUAAGAGACGCACGGAAUUGCUGGAUUAAGGUUAAUCUCACAAACGAGAAAAUCAUUACGGGAUUGGCCACCCAAGGAUAUGGAGCUAAGUAUUCUACAGAGUGGAUAACAAGUUAUAUCGUCCUGUACAAAUCUAAAACGGGCGAAAUGCUGCCAUUUAAAACCUUACAAGGAAACACAAAGGUAGGUUGGUCCCUUUUCUGGUUAGUGUUGAAGCAGAUUCGUGAUUAUUAUUUUAAAAGAUUCCAAACGUUAAUCAGUAGGAAAAUCCAUGGGCGUGUGAUUUGAACGUGGAGGAAAGUUGAUCAUGCCCAAAAGCAGGCUUCUUUUUAUCAAACAAUGAAGGUUUUCCGCAAAUUAAAGCUCUUUUUCGGUUGUAAUCAUUGGUUUUCCUCCGGAUGAGUAUUCUCUGUAGCUCGUUAAGUUGAGAUCAAAUCUGAAUAAUAAAAUAUGUAUAAAGUAAAAUAGGUUCUCGGUAGCUUAUACUGUCUUCCGUUAUACAUGCAAUUUACGAUAAAAGUAGGAAAUAAGCAAGCAAUUUUCUUCGAUUGAAGGCAAACGUAGAUUGUAUUAUUUUCCACUUCUAAAGAAUUUUACUGGAAACAGAGACAGUACUUCUAUCAAACGUCACGACAUUCCUUUCCCUACUGCGACGUCAGCGAUUAUGAUCAUAGCGCAAACGUGGAGUAGCAACGUUGGUUUGCGACUGGAGUUAUAUGGCUGUGAACCAGGUAACGACACUAUAAGCAAGGCUCAAAAAUGAAUACAAAUUUGCUCGAAAUAAGUUCAAAGCUUUCUAAUAAAGGCUUAAAAGCAUUAUUUCUGUCGUCAUUAUAAUUGAAAGAUAUUAAUGCUCAUUUUGCUGUCUCGUUUUAGGAUACUAUUUUGUUGUCUGGCGAAUGUUUGACAGGCGGUAUUUUACUCCAAGUUACGCGAUCUCGACCAGCAAUGGAUAUAUUACCGCUAAGGAAGAAACCCUAAAAGAGGUCAGCUCGUCAUUCAGGAUCAGUAGAAGGGCGCCAUGUACCCUUACAAACUUAUUUACCUCUAUCAUAUUCCCAUUCUUUUCUGACGAACUACCAACAUACUAUUAUAUAAUUGGACGCAGAUCGUUUAACUUGGCGCUCUAACAAACAUACACGCGUACAAAUCAGAGAGUAAUCUAAAUAGACACAAACUGUCUUUUUCCAGGUGGGGAAAACAAGUGCAAAUUUUUAUUUUCAGGGUUAGUAGUUGGGAAAUUCAUUGCGCAUCAUGAACAAAAUUGGUUUUCUCAGCUGCUUUCAGCCGUCUUGAAAAUUUGCAGCUCCCAAAUAUUUUAUUUUAAUAUUUAUUAAUUGAGACUUCAGAUCAUGCACCUCUAUUGUAAUUACGAUUUAAAACCAUUUCUUCCAGAUCAAAGAUCAUCUCCAAGUGAUUCCAGGAUUUUUGUCAGUUGAUUUCGUGGCUUUCACGUGAGUUCUUCGCUUAAAAUAAAACAAUUAUUCACCCUCAGUCAUGCCCUUUCACAGUAAAGAGAAAUAAAUUUCUAGAACUUACAGGCGAAACCUUGUAGUAGUUAUAAACCUUUUAGCUUCCUACUCUUUGCUAUCCAUCGAUUAAUUUUUAAUUAUAAUUUGAGUUAUAAUUUGUUGUUAGAACUUAUCACAUAGCAUCGUCCAGCGGCCAGCGAAAAUGGCCGCAAUUCGAAAUAUUUUUCCGAGUGAGGUUUACUGAAAAUGACUGGACUUGUGGCUAAAAAGAUGUAUCCCCAUUUUAGCUACUUUACUUCUUUCUUUUAUCUCAUGCUCAAACCUAGGACAACAUGAAGGACAACAUGAAUAGAUUAUAAAAACCUAGUGAUAAAUUAAUAUGAAAGCUAAGUUGAUUUCCUCAGGAGGCGUGUGGUUACAGAUACUCAAUUUAAAUUCUAAACAAUUACAUUUUAAUGACUUGUGUGCAUGAAACUUUAGAAGUUGCGCAGGUGCGACAAAUGUAUAACCUUGAUGGGUUGUACAUUAACCCGCCUGGAGAUUCAAGGCGCAUAUGGAGUCAUAAUCAACGUUCUUACAGAGCUUAUCGACACAUACGAAGUAUUUGAAGAGUUGAAGAGUAAGUUUCUUACUUUUUGCGCAAUUUUUAAAAUUUCUCAUUUUUUCCACUUUUCAUUUACGUCAGUCCACAUAGAUCUUGGCUAAGAGAAACAGUACUCACGGCUGAAGCAAAAAUAUUUUGUUUGAAAUCAAGCAGAGAAAAUCUGGAGGCAAAGCUGAACAUGGACAUUAAAAAUGGCAAAGCAGUGUUUCGAUUUCCAAGUGAGUAAAUAUUACACAAACGUCAUUUAAUCGUAUUUGAUCCUCCUUAGGAGGUUAGGGAUCUCACUCUUUGAUGUCACAAUCUUAACAAGUUUCUUCUUUAGAACGAUCUCGCUGUUAAACAUUAAAGGAUAUCUGACGAUUGCUUAGUUGUGCUUUAUUUACUUCACGCCUUUUUUUGUCCUUUUUUUUUUUGUUUUUACAGUACAAUGCAAUUGUUCCUAUCCAGAAGUGAAAAUAUCUUUAAAUAAGACGCUUACUAGUGCAAAGGUGCUGUACACGACUCAAAAUAUUACUAUUCACGCAACAACAAAACGCGGAAAUUGCCACAAGUCCCUAUCUUUCCGGUGGGAGAUUGCUAAAGCAGGUGAUCACCGUGGUGAGUUUGGAAUGCUUAUUUCGCGAGGCGAUAUAUUUGAAAGCAAAAAAGGAAUUCUGAAGCUGAGAGGCAGUGAGUUCGGAGAGGGUUUUCUUUACAUCAGAUGUGCUGCAUUCAUUAGAGAUUUGGCAGGUGAACUUGUAUUGGAGACCUAUGACUAUGGGUAUGUUCGUUUACUUAAUCCGCCUCUGAUUGCGCUCAUUACUGGUGCUACUUCUGCCAUAAAAGGAGAUGGAAGUGUCGUGUUGGAUGCGUCCAACUCUUAUGAUCCUCUUAGUAUACAGAACAACAGUAACGGAUUGAUUUUCAGUUGGUUUUGUCGAAAAAUGGACGGGAAGCUCACGAAAGCGAACACGAGGAGUUGCAAUGGUCGAUACUCAAAGACACCUUACAGUACUGGCUCCGUUUUCAGUGUGGAUGUCGAUUACAUGGACGCUAAUUAUACUUACGUGUUUGAAUUAGUUGUCAUGAAGGAUCGGAGAGUAACGCGGGCAUUCCACAAUCUGACUGUUACACCACCCUAUAUAAUUUCCUUGAUGUAAGUGUAAAAUCACCUUCCGUAAAACUAGAUCUUUCCAUUUAAUAUACAUUUUUCUGCUUAGUUGGGGAUGGUACUUCAUAAUUUAUGGUAUUGCAAUUUAUUUAACAACUGCUUCAGCACUCAUUACUUGUUUUACAACAGAUGUGUAAUUAACUGCGGUCGGAAAGUGAGCACAAAAAGGCGACUGAUUGUGGAGGCUACAUGCAAUGGUCCGUACUGCGUCCAGGAACUGAGCUACCGCUGGACAUUGUAUCACCUCUCGCCAUCGGAAACCGGUACCACUUGGCUUAAAGUCCCUAAAUUUCGGCAAUAUGUGCUCACUGAUCUAGACAGCAGUAAUAUCGUCUUUUCUGGCUCAAAGAACCCGCUGAAACAAAACAUGAAGUACAAAAUCGUGGCUUCUGUUCGUUUUCGUCACCGAAUGAUGGAGAAAGGUGAAAUGGUUUUCAUCACAGAUACGCCGCCACACCACCCUGAUGGUGAGCUGGGAUGUCAGACAUAUCCUAGGGUGGGCAUUGUCCUUAAAACAGAUUUCAAUAUCACCUGUUCUGGAUGGCAGGACGAGGAUCUUCCACUAACCUACCAGCUAAGGCAAGGAACGACUUUUAAAAACUUCUUCAUAUCUCACUGCUUUAAAACUUGUUCAUGGCUCCAAAUCACUCAUAAGAAAAAAAUCGUGCAAAAGCAUUCCCUGAUUAGAGUAGUAUUGAUUAGAGUAGUAUUUUAAUCUGAGGAAAUGAAGUGCAACGAAAAAUUCAAAGAUCUUUAUUUGUUCUGAAAAUGAUGUUUUAGUAGCUUUGAAAAUGAAACAAUGUCAAUGAAUCGAUGUUGUUCCUUUGUAGUUUUCAAUCACUUGAGGGCAUUGUCAUAAUUGCCAGAAGGAAUAUUUCAAAUUUCACAACUAAGCUGCCUCAAGGGAACCAAACCGAACAUUUCCAGGUUAAACUGGAGGUACAGAUAUUUGAUUCCUUUGGCGAUGCUGCAACUGUUGAACUGACAGUUCAGGUAGGAUAUUUACACAUUUUUCGAGUUCCAUGCCAAUAUAUCCCCAGUUUAGUACCAAAGGAUUGCACCCUCCCCUUUUGUGAGGACUUAAAGGAUUAUACAGCCUGAACUUUUGCCUGAAUAUGUCCUUGUUAUUCAUUUUAUAAUCUUUUAGUUUAAGUAUACCGGCGUUGUAUCAGAAAUACUGGAACCUCACUAGUCACGCUCCACAGUCUGACUUGUUAUUACUUUUCGAGCGACGAGUAGAAUGUGAAGAAGAGGCUGUCACCGCCUCACUCUAAUCUUACUAUUACAGUGUCCCUUCUUAAGCUCGUAUCAGAAGAAUUUCAUUUAACAAGGGUAUACUGUUUAAGCAAUGCUGUGACGGUUCAUCUGGAAUUGAUAGAGAUUAGAAGGCGGACGAUGCUCGGUUCUAUGUUCCCUGAAUUUCGAAAUUAAGAAUUGAGUCCAGUCUGCAACCAACACACCAAAGUUUGCAAGCAGAAAAUAAAUAAUUUUCAGCAAGAAAGGCUUAUUUAAUAUAUCUUCAUUCAUUGUUUCUCUUACCAAAAAGCAGUCGGUAGUACCUUGAGUUCAAGGCAAGAUUACGAUACUAACGUUGAGCGAUUUUCGUAUCAGGUGAAGCCACUAAGUGAUACAGAGGUCAUCACUGAAGUUGAUAAGGCUAUUCGUGGACCAAACAGUACAACUGCUGAGUUAAUUACAUCUGGAAACCAACAAAAGGCUGCACUGACAUCUUACUUCACUCUUACAGCCACUGAGGGGACAGGAAUCUCUCUUGAGGAAAAAGACUCGGUAGUAGAAUAUUUGUAUCAAUAAUCUGUCCUUCAUAUUACCGUAAAGCAACAAGAACUACAGUAAUUAGUUGAAAGCAUUUGUCUGUUCCGUGUCAUGUUAAUUAUGAUUCACGAUUCCAUGUUAUAUAAAUGAUUCCAUGAUGAUGAUUAAUGAUUCCAUGUGGUAUACAUGAAUGCAUUGUAAUUAUCAAUGAACUAUGUUAUAUUAAUAAUUAAUUCGCAGAUUUCUUUCGUGCAUUUUUAUGCAAAGGUGGGGUAUCGACUAUGGGUACUUGCAUCAAGAAAUUGUUAAAGCGAAUACCAUUUUCCUAAACUUAAGUUCAUUUAAUUGCCAUUAAAGGCAAAGGAUGAAGUCUUGAGACACUUGGCUGAAGUUAAGCCUCGAUUACUCGAAGAAGUCACUCAACUUUCGGCAGUGGUUAUCAAAGCAACUCGACAAAGAGAACAUAUGAAAGCCACCUCAUUGGUAAGGAUACUCUUGACACCAGUGAUCUGUACACAGCUAUGCUAUUUACUUCGGGACUAGGUCAGUUUAAGUUGCCCAGGUGACAGUUAAAAGAUCAACUAUCAGUUUUUGCGUAUACGAAUUUCAAAAUAACCAUAUAUUUCCAAGGUAUUCAUCUGUGGUGAUGUUUUAUAUACUGAAUGGAUCAAGUAUAUGUAUACUUACCGUUCACUCUACGUCAGGUCGUCCCAAUCAUGUUAGGAAUACGUUCCUUAAAUGAACCAAUUAAAGAGUUUGGUAACCCAAAGAUAGGACAUCAUGUUAAUGGAAAAGUUAUGAAUUGAUUGAGGAAUAAAUCACCCGAUUCAAGUUCCGUUGAGCGAAGCUUUAUUCCCCUCUGCUAAAAUUUGUUUCUUUUUUUUGGCCAGCGCUUAAAAAAAAAACUAUGAAUUCGAUGCUUAGUCGUCUUAUUAAAGACUCAUAAUAUCUCCACAGUACAGUGCUGCUACAUUACUUCAAUCGAUGACAAAUCACUUAGAUACAGAGACAAGAAAAAGCGAGGAUAUUGAUGAGAUACAAAUGACUGGAGGCGCUCUACUGAACGGAAUGUCCUGUGUUCUUAAUGUUUUGACGAAAAGUAAAGCGACGGACACAAAACAUAACCAACCGGCUGAAAGGAUUGAUCAGGUAAGACAAUUUUACAGAUCGCUAAAAUUAAUGAGAAGCGCCUGAGUACUAGGAGUGAGUUUAAGUCCUCAAGACUACAGCGAAGCCUAGAGAGGCAUACCAAACCCAUUGGUUUAACAAUAGACGUUGUUUCAGACACCGCGCUUAAUCGAAGAUUCAGUUGCUCUGGUGGAUAGUCUGGGCACAGCUCUUCUGUCAACCAAAGUUGUCGGGGAGUCAGAACCUAGCGUGUUUGAAACGAAUGCUCUAUCCAUGGUCCUCGACAGACAAACUCCAGCUAUGAUUGUAAGAAAACAUCUUCAUAGCAGAACCAGUGGAAGUGGUGUUGUGUUUCCUUCACAAACAGUUCUGAUGCAAAGUCUAAAGUUCCCUAUUCAUUCAGUAGAUGCUCAGGCAAGUAACGAUCACCUUAAUUACAUUGAAAUGCUAUGUCAGAAUAUCCGAUUUCCUUAAUCAAGUUUUCAGAUUACAUCAAGUAUUCAUGCAAAUGUGACCAACUCUCCUAAGAUCUAUCUUCCGUUUCCUGAUUCUGAAACUUAUGAGACAUGGAAAAAAGAUCAGUCUAUAAAUCUGAAUUUAAAUUACUCUUUUAUACUCUUUAUUUCAUUAUACAUGCAAGUUAACUUGCUUUAGUGUGUGCUGUUUAAACCAUGGAGUUGACUGCCUCAGAGAACCAUGAGGGACACUACUGAGGGUCUCUUAUCUUUUCUUUUUAGAUGCUCACAUUUAAAUAUAAUCCAUUUUAUUGGGAUAAUACGGCCAAGAAUAUAACAACAGCAAUUAUAGACCUAAGUAUAAAAAGGAACGGAACAGAAUUUCAUAUUUCAGACCUUGAGGAGCCAUUUGAACUGUACAUCCCCCUAAUAAAACAGCCUGUAAGGAGAAAAAAUAACACGUUCUUCGUAAAACCAAGCCAGACAUUUGAAAACAUUCGUUAUCACGAAAUAAGUAUUCCGUCAGAAGAAACAGUUGCUAUUAUUGACAUCGUACCCGAUGGAAACAAUCUAUUAGAUGUUUUUAUCAGCGCUGGAGUAAGACCUACACCAGGUAAUUACAGCUUCAGUAGUAAGAUACCUCAUUAUGGAAACUGCAGGAUAUCUGUCACUGAAACUAUGUUGGACCAGCAAUGUUCACCAUACAGGCUUCUUAUAUCAAGCAGUCUGACCGGCAAAACAGGAGUGUACUACAUUGCCAUAUUGUUUCGUAAAAACUAUUCUAUUAAAGGUAAUGCAGCAAAAGAAGUCGGCACAGAAGGGGAUUUCCCGGUUAAACGCCAGUUGCCAUCUCCUAAAGGUGUCCGAAAGAAGCGUUUUUGUGCCGAUGUUAAGGAUCCUCCAACCACACCGCCGCCAAAACCAAACAUGGUAAACUCAGCGUACAAUUUGCAUGACGUCAAUUAUACAAUGUCCGUGUCAAUCAGCAGCUGUUUGUAUUGGUCCAAAAAGGAUAAAAAAUGGACAAGCAAGGGCUGUAAGGUAAUAAAACAACAAAAUGGAUGGAAUUAUCGCUUUCUUUUGACAUUCCUCACUUUACUUUUAAUUAUAUAUGCAGUCAAAUUAGUCCCUCAUUUAAACCACUUGCUGGACGUACUCACGAAUGCACAAGGUGUUCAAGCAAAACUCAUCCAGCACCUUUCAAUUCAUAACAUCCAAAAUGAGUUUAUCAUCCACAUCCCCGAAGUGCCUUGAAUGUCACGAAUUGAGAUUUUCACAGCUGAGUCGUACCUUCAACACUACAAACAAACAUAUCUUUGUAUCUUAGGUUGGCUUCAAAACCAAUCACACGAAUAUCCACUGCCUUUGCACUCAUCUAUCAGCAUUUGGUGGAAACUUUUUUGUCGCCCCAAAUCCCAUAGACUUUGACAAAGUUUGGUUGGAGUUUAAAAACCUGGAAGAAGCUGGAAACUUCGUGUUAGUAGCUGUGUCCUCUAUAUAUGGAAUAUAUAUGUUGGGUCUACUCUUGGCCCGCCGAUUCGAUCUAAAAGACCAAGCUAAGGUGUGGUUCUAGCAAUAUUUGAUUAAAAUUACUCAAUUUUUCCUCCUCCCCGCCAGGCCUUCAGCAGUUCUGUACAUUACUGAUUUUCAGAAACCAUUACAAUGAGAUUUGUAUAACAAACAAAGUGCAAUGUUAGUACUAUGAAGCUAGUUUUGUCCUGUAAGAAAUUAAAUAAGGGUAGAGGAAAUUAUGUUAUCACUUGGGAAAAUAUCUAACGCAAACGAUUGUUGGGUUAGACGAAUGGCCUCGAUCGGUGAACUUUCUGCUUUGAUCAAGAUUUUCCUCAAGUAGUUAUUAUUUGCACUCGGUGAGAAUAAAUCACAGUAUAACUCAAAACACAUAUGCAGUACUUCUGCUUUUGCUACAUUUAGACUUAGUGAUCUCCAAAAUUUAUUGCCAUCAUUGUUUCCUUUAAGGUUGUGGCAAAUGUAUUGAUGAGUGAAUACAACCAAGAGGGUCACCUUUACGAGAUACAAAUUCAAACUGGAAUUUGGAAAGGAUUUGGUACAACUGCCACCGUAGGAAUUGACAUCUUUGGGGAAGAGGGUAGCAGCGGCCCGAUCAUCUUAUCAGCUUUGUCGCUCUACGGGAAAUUAUUUUCUCGUGGAAGUGUAACGAAUUUUGUAGUUUUUCUCCCCCGUAGUUUGGGACGUUUAAAAAAACUUCUCAUUUGGCAUGACAAUUUCGGCUCAAGUCCAUCCUGGUUUCUUCAGCAAGUCAUCAUUACUGAAUCUCACGGAGGAAAAAAAUGGUAUUUCUUUGCAAACAAAUGGAUUGCCAUUGAACGAGGGUUAGGAAACUUAUGCGUUGAACUUAAAGCAUUAGGGGAAAAAGAGCGCGUUGGAUAUCGUCAUUUGUUUUAUUCUAAAGCUUCAAGAGGACUUGGAGAUGAUCACCUUUGGUUGUCAUUGUUUACUCGUCCACCUCACAGUCCCUUUACUCGUUGUCAGCGACUGUCUUGUUGUGUAUCGUUUCUGUUUUUGUCGAUGAUAACAAAUGCAAUGUUUUAUCAGUUUUCUGAAAAUCCAGCACAUACCUUUCACUUAGGACCACUGGUUUUAAGCUGGAGACAAAUAAUGAUUGGAAUGCAAAGCGGACUCAUAGCAAUCCCUGUAAGUUUCCUUCUUAUUACGAUCUUCAGGAACGUGAGGACGGAUUCUGAAACUUAUUCUAACCCUAGUAAUACUCAGAGAUCGUCUUCUCGUCUACCAUAUUAUUUCGUAUACAUUGCAUGGAUUCUGUGUGCAUUAAUAACCCUAUCAUCUUCAGCAUUCACAAUAUUUUAUGGCCUUUCGUGGGGCAAGGACAUUUCUAACCAGUGGUUGACAUCUAUCCUUACGUCCGUUUUUGGAGAUGUUGUGUUAACUCAGCCUGCAAAAGUAAUUCUCUUGGCUAUGAUUGAAUCGCUCAGAACCAGAUCAUAUCCGGAAAAAGAAGAGGUGUGUGGAAGGACUGCUUACAUAAACCGAGAACAAGAAUAUAAGGCUCCAAACGUUCACGAGCUAACCAGGGCCAGGGAAAAUGGAAGAAAAUUCCUCAAGAUGUGGAGGGUGAUAAAAGAUUUGGUGGUGUUCCUUGUAUUCAUUCAUAUCUUGAUGGUUGUUUGUUACAGCAACAGAGAUUUUAAGAGGUACCUGGUGACUGCUUCGGUGGAGGAAAAGCUCGGCGGUAUGAAUGAGGUAACUUAAGAUAUAACAUUAAUACCAAGGCGUCAAAUCAGAAUCAAAAUAAUCGCGGUAAUUGAGUAGAAGACGGUGGAACAGUUUUUGUCCGUAACCCGUAUCAGCUUACAUUACAAGCGCACCAUGGCGGGUAAAAAGAAUAAGUCCACUAUCAGCUUGUAAUGGAGAAACUUGGCUUAAUUUACUGGUGAUGCCGUAUCAAAUUACUCGUUUUAAAUAAACAAACAGCAACUCGUCCUGCACCCAAACCAAGAAAACAGAGAACUUAAAAGUCGCAAUCAGGCAUAUGCAUGUAUAGUUUUGAUCACUGAUCACAAGGUCGCUGGACUGUCAUUUCAGUACAUGAAACAGCAAAAGUGGUCUCCCGACAUUUCGCAUUUCCAAUAGGAUUGCUUUAAGGAAGUCAGGAGUUCGAGAAAUCGUAAAACAGCUGUUUUACCUCAGACGACUACGGCAUAAGAUCUUUGUUUAUAUGAAAAUUGUCAUAUUUUUCACAAGACAAAAAAAUCGUACAUUUAAAUCAAAUCAGAAUCAUGAGGAAAUUCUGAGAUUUCAUCCAAUUACGAAAGGAAAAAAAACAACUGCUAUGAUACAAAUCUUAAAUUUUGCGCGCGCUUUUGUUAUCGUAGCCCUUCAGGAAGAACAAAAUCUAUCUUUGUGCUGUGUCAAGACAUUCAAACAUUCUCUUUGGAUCUUUAAUUCGACAUCGUAUAGCAACAGCAUUGUGAAUGUAGUUUAUUGCGAAUUUAUAAACAGAUCCUUAUAGAAACAUAAAUUCGUGAACAUUUUGACUGCACCCUGGUAUGCAUAUGGCUGAAACCGGUUUUUUAUUACCCUAAUGCAGUUAGUAGAGUAUAAUUAGCGUGCGAAUCGAGUAAAAAUACGCGACGAUAUUGUACCUUUAGUUGGACAGGUGGUUAUUUUGCUAAAACCUGUUUGACAGGUUGGCUACGUUGGCAAGAGUUGUUUCAAAUGUUUGCACAGAAAAAAAGGAAUUGAUUCUUAAAUAACUUAUUCGACGUUUUGGUGUGCAGUCUCACCAAGACUUCUUAUGAGAUAUGUUUGUUCGUCCAUGGAUUUUCAAGGUUCUUGAAAUGGAACGUAUAUCUUUAGAGGGAUGAAAGACGAGUUCGCAAUAUCUGGAGUCCCGAAAAAUCGAGGUUUGAGGCAUCGGGGUAAAAAAAAAAUCUUACUUACGCACAUCCAACGGAAACACAUUUGGUUUGAGAUAACGGGAGUGUACGAAAAAAAUAUGAUUCCGCGGAGUUUUACGAGUACGCGGGGUUCUUAUAACAAUGUUCUUAAAACACUUCUCCUCAGGUGGCAGAUAAUAAUUUGUUUUGGCUUUGGACAAGAAAUAAGUUAGUUCCUGGACUCUAUAAUGUCUCUUGGUAUAACAUGCAGCCCUUUGCUUAUAAAGAAGGAUUUAUGAGCAACAAAGCAGCGUUCCUCAUAGGUAUGCCUCGACUUCGGCAAAUCCGUGUUAAGGAAGGUGAGAACUAACAUACCUCCUGUAAAACGCUUUAUUAUCCAACUGCACAAAGUAUAGAGCAAAUAAUGCGCGAAUGAAACAUAAAUAUUCUGCGAUAUUGUAUAGUUCGUUAUUUUGCACAGUAAAAAAAACCUUACUCUUCUCUAUCCACUUCGUUUUCCCGCCUUAUGAAAGAUUAAUAGAAACACUUAGCAGAAAAAAAAGGCAAUUGGAUCAUAAAUAACUUAUUAAACGUUUUGAUGUGUAGUAAUGCUAAGUAUUUUCACUCGUUGUGUAUUUGACUGACCUUACGGACUCGUCCAAAUAAGGUAUAUCUCUCAAAAAUACCCGGCGACAAUACACACCAAAACCUCUAAUAAGAUAUAUUUAUCAAAUAAGCCCAACUAUAUUUACUUACUCUCGAGUUCGAACGACCAUUAACCCAAAAUUUUAUUGAUUUCCUAUUUCGAAAGUAUCACAAAUAGAUAAAAAAAUCAGACAAUCACAAUGUUGUCUGUUUUAUCAUCUCCAAAUAUAAUUCACUAGAUGCAAUUACUUUUGAAUCCUUCUGACAGAAAUAGAUAUUCAUUGCAAGUCUUUCCGUGGGAUUCAUGAAAAAGAACGCGGGUCGAAAAAGUGUUCACCACAUCAUUCCAGAACCAGCGAAGACAAAAGUGCAUUCUACCUGCCUGGGUGGAUUUCUGUCGAAAAUCACACGGUCCAUUCUGACAAUUCUGUACUUUCUCAACUUUGUCCGAAGCCUUGGAGGUACAAGUCUCCACAGACAUUACAAACCCUUCCCUAUCAAGGAUAUUUUAGAACGUACGAUGGUGGAGGAUAUGUCGCUUAUCUUGGCUACAAUGAAAAAUCGGCUUCGGAGAUAAUAGACAAUCUCCAAAACAAUAACUGGCUCGACAAACUCACUGCCGCGGUUUUCAUCGAGUUCUCUGUCCAUGAACCGUCCAGUAGACUGUUUAGCUUUGCCAGGUAUCUUUACGAGAGGUUACCAACUGGUGGAAGUGUAACUUCUCGUGACGUGCAGACAUGGGCUCUUUAUCGAGCUCCAAGUGGCUUUUUCGCUGUAUACCAACUGCUGUUUGUCAUAUUUUCCCUUUUGAUCAUAUUUUUGCAAGUCAAAGAAUUUGUAGGAGAAGGCAAGGCCUAUCUUGUGCAGUUCUGGAACUGGAUCAAGAUUUUUCAAGUGUUUACUUCAGUUUCUGCGGCAGUACUUGUGGUGUUGAAGGGAAAUGAAACAAGUCUCUAUGUAAAGAGAGUAAUAAAAAAUCCUUUUGACCAUUCCAGUCCAGAUCAUUUGGUCCAGCUUUGUUACGUCGAGAAUUAUUUACUAGCUAUAUUAAUUCUCUUUUCUACGCUCCAUUUGCUGAAGCUUCUGAAACUUAAUCCUCAAAUCUGGCAAAUGACGAAGACGUUAAGAAGAUCUUGGAUAUCCCUUGUAUCAUUUGCUGCGAUAUUCACUACCUCGCUAGUGGCGUUCUCAUUGGCUGGAUAUCUGGCUUUUGGCAUCAAAAUAUCAUCAUUUUCAUCCUUCUAUCGAGCCCUUGUAACCGUUAUUCAGAUGUGUAUAGGUGGAAAUGUAAACCUCACUGAUGACAAAGUUCAGUACCCGAUAAUUGGUUUAUUAUUUAUGUAUACGUUCGUUAUUUGGAUGAGACUACUUUUGGUCAAUUUCUUCAUCGUGAUUAUAGUGGAGUAUUACAGAGACGUCAGAACAAAUGUAACGUCUCCCAACGCGUCGUUAACUGAAUUCAUGUGCAACUAUUUCUCAGCGAAGUUAACCAAGUUACUGGAAUAUCUACCUUUUUACUUUAAAAGGAAUGUGAAAAAGCGAGAAUUUAAACUCUCUGACGACGUCUUCUGGAAGGAAUUUUGGCAAAGAGAAUUCGGUGCGGUGUCUCAAGAUCUUCACACUUCACUUCAAAGUCUUGAUCCAGAGUCAAGAUCAACUUUAUCUCAGCAAAUCUUUGAUAAUUGUCCCAAUUAUAUAAGUUGCCAAGAGCUCACUAAAUCUAGUUCCAUAGUGAGCGCCAAUAAAGAAUUGCUUUCGAACGAUACAGAAGGGGAAAUCGCACGAUAUUGGAAUACAAGCGAAGAGGAUAUUGUCAUUCUCCAGAGUUUAUCAUUCCCUCUGACGACGCCGUCUUCCAACGAUACCCAACAUGAUACGAAAACGCUAUUUAAAAUUCGCCUCGUUAUGAAACUGCGUUUUGCUGAAUGCUUUUAUGACCUUAGUGAGUUAGAGGUCGUACAUUUUAAGUCCAACAUUGUCGACAUAGCUCAAGAAGUAAAAAGGAUGCUGGCUUACUUAAGGAAGAGGUCAGCGCAACGUUUUGACAGUUUUCUUUAG